AUGAUCAUUGUUAGAAAGAAAGUUGCAACCGAAGCGAGGGAUAGAGAAGUGGCGAGAGGGGCAAAGCGAGAUGCAACUGGACCGGGAGGACGUGGUGGAAGCAAGCCUGAUUCCAAACAGGCACCGAGAGGCUUUCGGGGAAUUCUUCAGUGGGUUGAUAACUUGCCGAUCGGCCCGUGGUCAAAAAAAUUUAAUAACUACAUCGGCGUUUUAGUACGGCGGGUCCAAGUCAUAAACCCGUACUUCAAAUUCAAGGAGCUUCCCUGGUCCGCAUACGAGGAUAUAUGGAGAGAGUUGAUGAAAUUCUAUUGUCUUGAGGACUACCCUGGGGCGUGGCACUAUGUUUUCAAUAUCAAAGUUGAGGUCGUGCUCAAACAGUGGCGACAUGAGCUGAAGAUAUCAACAUAUGAUAAAUAUACCCAAGAUUGGCAGAGAUUUUUAAAUCUCGAUGAGAGGGUGGAUCUCGAUCAUUUCACGGCUCUUCUUUUUUAUUGGGAUACCGAGUCCGCACAGGAUAAAUCUAAGAAGGGCUCGACGAACCAACAUAGCAAGCGCAAGCUUGACCACCACUUGGGAUCGAUGUCCUUUGCCAAUCUUGAGUAUAGAUAUUGUCGAGACACGGGGAAGCCGAUAAUGCCGAUCAAUUUGAAGGCAAAGUUAGCUUACGGCAUCUUUCACUCAACAUAUAAAGAUGAAGAGAAGAUUAAAGAAAACAUGGUGUUGGUGGAUAAUAUUGCUGCCGCGUCGAAGGAUGCAGCACUACGUUCUACCCAAGAAGCUGCUGAUGACCCUCAUGUUUUGUCAAGAGAGGAAAAUAAUGCUAUUGCAAUGAAUGUGAUGGGGUAUAAUAACCGGGGCUGGACUUGCUGGAGGAAGCAGUAG